AUGGGUUGCAUGAAGUCGAAGGAAACUGGUGCCCAAGACAAGAUGACAAAAACCAACCCUGACGCCAGCCCCAGCCUCCAGCAGGGCCACUACGUGAGGGACCCCACCACCACCAACAGGAGGAGCAAUAAUGUCCCCAGCGUGGCCGUGUCCCCACCGGAGGAUGGCGCGGGGGACACGGUGGUGCUGGCGCUCUAUGACUACGAGGCGAUGCACGCCGGGGACCUGAGCUUCCAGAAAGGGGAGCGGCUGAAGGUGCUGGAGGAGUCAGGGGAGUGGUGGCGAGCGCGGUCGCUGGUGACAGGACAUGAAGGUUUCAUCCCCAGCAAUUACGUUGCCCGAGCUGACUCGCUGGAGACAGAGGAAGGAGCUCGGGAGAUGCUUCCGAGCCCGGGGGCUCUGCUCUGCUGCAGGAACCUUGUUCCCAUUGCAAGCUGUUACUCGCUGUCGGUGCGGGACGGGGACGGCGCGGUGAAGCAUUACAAGAUCCGGACACUGGACAGUGGCAGCUUCUACAUCUCCCCACGCAGCAGCUUCAAUACGCUGCAGGAGCUGGUCCAGUACUACAAGGGGCAGAGUGAUGGGCUGUGCCAGAAGCUCACCUACCCCUGCUGCGUGCCCAAACCCCAGAAGCCCUGGGAGAAAGAUGCCUGGGAGAUCCCUCGGGAGUCGCUGAGGCUGGGGGAGCAGGCUGGGAAUGGUCUGUUGUGCCACCUCUCAGCUACCUACAACAAGCACACCAAGGUGGCGGUGAAGACGAUGAAGCCGGGCAGCAUGUCCGUGGACGCCUUCCUGGAGGAGGCCAACCUGAUGAAGACGCUGCAGCACGACAAGCUGGUGAGGCUGCACGCGGUGGUCACCAGGGAGGAGCCCGUCUACAUCAUCACCGAGUUCAUGGAGAAAGGUGAUGCCCAUGUCCCCGCGCAGUCACUGGUGGUACCCAGGGACGGUGCAGGAGCAACCAACCUCUCCUGCACCCCUGGGCUGAUCGACUUCUCUGCGCAGAUUGCAGAAGGGAUGGCUUACAUCGAGAGGAGGAACUACAUCCACCGCGACCUGAGAGCUGCCAACAUCCUGGUGUCGGCGGCGCUGCUGUGCAAGAUCGCGGACUUCGGGCUGGCCAGAGUCAUUGAAGAUGAUGAGUACACGGCCCGGGAAGGUGCCAAGUUUCCCAUCAAAUGGACUGCACCAGAAGCCAUCAACUAUGGAUCUUUCACCAUAAAAUCGGACAUUUGGUCCUUUGGGAUCCUCCUGACCGAGAUCAUCACCUACGGGCGUAUGCCCUACCCAGGGAUGACGAGCGUGGAGGUGAUCAGGGCGCUGGAGCGCGGGUACCGGAUGCCCCGCACCGAGAACUGCCCCCAGGAGCUCUAUGACAUUAUGAUGAGGUGCUGGAGGAGCAAACCUGAGGAUCGUCCCACCUUCGAGUACGUGCGGAGCGUUCUGGAGGAU